GUGUGUGUGUGUGUGUGUUUAGUUUUGGAACUGCUGAAGUAAGAGUGUUAAAGAUCUCGGUUGUAUUAGCAGCUCUCUCCUGAUAUCAUAUGAUACCUGGCCUUGGUACCCAAGAUAUCCUAUAUAAUUAAGUACUAGAAAAAGAACCCAAAUGUUUGCUUUGGAUUUUGGCUGCUCCACGAUGACUAAUGUUCUCUGAGUGUGUGCCAUCAGUAUUUGUGAAUUAGAUUUUCACUUCGGCCUCUAGUUUGAGUGCUCUAACCUGUACUCCUUGGCAUUUAUAGACACAUAAUUCAACGAAAGCGUCCUGAUCGACAGAUUCCUGAUUGAUCCAUGUCAAAAAUUUGUCUGUGUGUGUGUGUGUGUGUGUGUGCAGGCAUUUGCAUGUGUGAAUGUAAGUGCAAAUGUGCAAGUGUGAAGGAAUGACUAAGCACAUUAAGUGCUGUGCCUAACGUUAAAGGAUACACUGGGUCCUCUUCACCACCUUGCGUUCCCUCGGAGCCGGAGUUCCACCUGUUUGACACUUGUCUCCAUGACUGCCACAUACUCUGCUCCAUAUAGAGAGGAGGACUGAGGGGGGUCACUUCAGUCUCCCUUUCAAAAUCUGUGGCUUGGCCAAUCCGUUGAUGUCAACAACCAGACUACUGUUAACGAAGAGCUGAAAAAGUGGGAGAUAGGGAUACAUAGGGAAUUAAAAGUGCCAUUCCAGUAGUGUCUGAGCCCAGACGGAGGCUCAGACUUGGGCCCCAUGUUUGUGACAUUGGUUACCAUGGAGAACUUCGUGUGCGAUAAGGAUGUUUGGAUUGUGGGUAGUGUGUGCUUAGUUGCGUCCAUUUUAUGGAGGAAGUUUUGGAGUUUAUUCACCCACAAGAGGAAACGAGAUAAAUCAACAGGAAGCACAUCACUUUACUCGCAGCUGAAAGAGAAGGAAUGCAAGGAGAAGCCAAGCGUGUGCUUAAAGGUGUUGACAUCACAGAAGAAGAAGAAACCUCCAGAUGUAACAGGUGCAGCCCAGGAUGACUUGGAAAAGGUGCAAAUGCUCAAUCAACAGAACACCAGCCUUUCCCAUGGCAGUGCUGAAGCUGACACUAGCAAAACAGGACUUCUGGACUUUAUUCAAAAUGAGAAAGAAGCACAAACUGAGAAGGAGAGUGAUAAAGAAGAGCUGCAGGCAGAGAAGGAAAAAGAGGGCAGUAAGGAAGAUAAAGAUAUUCUCACAGAAUCCAGGUUGAAUGAGGAAACAGAGACAAACAAAGAGGAAAUGAAUCAGAGAAUAGAAAGAGAAGAUGGCUUGAGUGUUCCAGAGGCGCCAUCUUUACUCCUAUCAACCUGUGAGUUUAGUCAAGACCAUGCGGUCCCUCAGGAAAGCAAUGAUGAACACAUGGAGUUGAUCGCCCAUACUAAGAGACGAGUCGAGAAUCUGGAGAAAGAUGACCUCAAGAAAAGCCGAGUGGAGGAAAGGUCAGAGGAGGUGGAACAAAGUGAGGAAGAAAAGAAGCCUGGAGUGGGAGCAUCAGAUGUGGAGCCAGAGAAACCUGAGGAGGAGAGGGAAGAAGUAGAACCAGUGCCUGAAGAGUACAUCUUAGGUAUAAGAUGUGCUACAGUGAUCUCGGACUGUUUAUUUGGACAGUUCUCUUAUUUCUCCUUUUUGCUCUGUCCUCCAGAUUGCUCGCCUCCUCCUCCAGCACCCUUUGAGCACCGUUUGGUGACAACCAAAACCCAACAGAUAGCUACCUAUUACACCGUCAACAGAGAGGAAGUGCUUGGAGGUGGGCGCUUUGGAAUGGUCCAUAAGUGUGUGGAGAAUACCUCUGGCCUCACACUGGCUGCCAAGAUCAUCAAAACCAGGAAUCAGAAGGAGAAGGAAGUGGUGAAAAGUGAGAUCGAGGUUAUGAAUCAGCUGAACCAUGCUAGCCUCAUCCAGCUCUAUGCUGCUUAUGAGUCUCGUAAUGAUAUCACGCUCAUCAUGGAGUAUGUCGAGGGAGGAGAAUUAUUUGACCGCAUCAUCGAUGAGAAUUACAAUUUGACCGAAUUGGACACGGUGUUGUUAAUCAGACAGAUCACAGAGGGGCUGCAGUACAUGCACAAGAUGUACAUACUGCACCUUGACUUGAAGCCGGAAAAUAUACUGUGUGUGAGUCGAGAAACAAAUAAAAUCAAGAUCAUCGACUUCGGUCUGGCCAGAAGAUAUAAACCAAGGGAGAAGCUCCGAGUGAAUUUUGGCACUCCUGAGUUCCUUGCACCUGAGGUGAUCAACUAUGAGUUUGUCUCCUUCCCAACAGAUAUGUGGAGCUUAGGAGUCAUUACCUACAUGCUGCUAAGCGGUCUCUCUCCUUUCCUGGGUGAUGAUGACAAUGAGACGCUGAAUAACAUCCUAGAAUGUAAGUGGAACUUUGAAGAGGCUGAGUUUGCAGAUAUCUCUGAAGAAGCCAAAGACUUCAUAACAUGCCUGCUCAUUAAGAGCAAGAGUUGGCGGAUGAGUGCAUCUCAGUCACUGAAACAUCCCUGGCUGUCUGACCGAUCACUUCACUAUCGACUGCAUCAGAAAAGGAACAAGUGCCACUCCACACGAGCUCCUACGCCAGAGAGCUAGAACAGAGAAAACAUCUUUACCCACGUGAAGAACUGGACCAACAACACUGCACCUGAAAGGACACCAGCUGCUAUACAACAAUGAAUAUCCAUUUCAUAACCUCUAUAAGUAGGCUACAACACAAUACUAAUUCUCCUGUUACUGAACAACAGGAGGUACGGUAGUGUUACAGUCCUCCGCUUGCUGCAUACAGCAGACAGUACGCACAACUCUGCUGUUAUACCCAAUUCACCUUAUACUAAACAAGUCUUAUUUCUGUGGUACUGUUUAUUUUGUCAUUUGAUAUUUAUACUGGCAUAAAAAUGAUUACUUGUUUUUACUAUAUCAUGAUAUAACAAUGACUGUCGACUUGAUAUGCUUGAAUACAUGAUUACUUUCACUCCAUAUCACAA